UGGACCAACUGCAUAGUUUUGAGCCUCCGCUUCGGACCGUCCGUAGCAGCGUACACCGACAAUCCAGCAAGAGCAAGAUGGGUAUCGACAUCGAGAAGCACCACGUCAAAAAGGGCCAGAGGACGGCGCCCAAGAGCGAGGACCCGUACCUUCUCUUGCUGGUCAAGUUAUAUCGCUUCCUGGCCCGCCGCACGGACUCGCGUUUCAACAAGGUCCUCCUCCACCGCCUUUUCCUCUCGAAGACCAACCGCCCUCCCCUUUCCCUCUCGAAAAUCGUGAAGGAGACCUCCGGCGCGCCCGACCUCGACUCCAAGAUCGUCGUCUCCGUCUCGACCAUUACCGACGAUGUCCGUCUGACGACCGUCCCCAAGUUGACGAUCGCCGCACUUCGGUUCACGAGGGCUGCCAAGGAGCGCAUCCUCAAGGCUGGCGGUGAGGCUAUUACUCUGGACCAGCUUGCCAUCCGUGCGCCCACUGGUGCCAACACCAUCUUGCUCCGGGGCAAGAGGAACUCUCGGGAGGCCGUCAAGCACUUCGGCAUGGGCCCCCACAAGCACAAGAAGCCGUACACGACUUCCAAGGGCCGCAAAUUCGAGCGUGCUCGUGGUCGCCGAAAGUCUCGUGGUUUCAAGGUGUAAGCACACUCUUGAAAACCGGACGUCGAGUCUCAGGGCAUUUUGGACGUGGUUGCAGUAUGGCAUAUGGGCUCUCUCUACUCACGAUUAUGUGUAUCUAUCAUCGCUCAAUGAUUCUGUAUGCUGUCUUCCAUGCCCGAGAUACAUUUAUGCCGUAGCCGCGCUACUUGCUCUUGCAUGAA